GUCGACAUUCUUGUUGAUAUCAUCGAGCAUCUUCCGUCCCAGGACCGGUGCAGAUUCUCCGCCACAUGUCGUCCCAUUAGACGUCUCAGCAAGAGCUAUCUCUUUGGAAGCAUAUCCGUCGGUCUGGAGCAUCCAAUCAGCACCUCGGAAUGCUUUCCAGUACCGCAUUCGCUUUGGCCAGCUGUUCGAUCAUUGACCAUAACCGACAAAUGUGUUGAUCGGCUAUACUCUACCCGCAGCAAACAUGACUGCGACAAGAACAUGUGGUACCCAAAGCAGAUCCGUCACACGGACGACCCCAUGGUCUGCGGAGUUCUCCAGGGUGGGCCGCUCGUCGACGUUCUCAUCUCCAUGCCACGCUUGUCUGCACUCGUCCUCCGCUCUCUGGGAUCGCGUGCUCACGGGCCGCCUUGGGCGUUCAUACACGAGAUACUGUCCCUUCCUCACCUUCGCCACCUGGACAUCGAUCAACUCCGCUAUUGCCCCAAGCCCGACUCCUCCUCCUUGACACUCUCCACAGCGCACACUGUCAGCACCAUUCGCUCGUUUGUGUACCGUCAAGACCUAUUCCGAACGCAGCCCGCAUUGGCAUCGGAAUCUCGCGCACUCGAAGCCACCCUACGCGCCGCGCACACAACGCUCGAAUGCAUUGCGCUCCCCACCGAACCGGCCCCCAUUCACACCUUCGCCGCCCUCCCGUGGCCGCGCCUCCGAGAGCUGAGGUUGACCGGUCCUGCAUGGACGGAGCCUUCGACGCCGCUCGUGUUCCUCCUCGCGUCCAUGCCACACCUGCGCAUCCUCGUCCUGAACCUCGCUCCCCCGGCUCUACCUCACACCGCCCAAAACCGCGCGCCCUGGGGGAUAGUCGACCCUUCAAAUAACCCAGUGCACGCCGGCGGCAGCGACGACGGCCGAGUUACGCCCGUGUGGCCGCGCACCCUCACUCCGCCCCCAGCGACGUUCCCAUGGCGCGACCUCGAGCACCUCACGCUGUCCGCCCCGGACCCAGACGACAGCGUCUUCGCGCACCUCCCGCCGACGCUCCGCGCGCUCUCCCUCCGGCCGUUCCCGCACCACUGCGUCGCGCUGUGGCGGGCGGGCGACGUCGCGCUCGCGCGGCGCCUCGGCGCGGACCGCCUGGAGGCGCUCACGCGGAGCCCGCUGCUCACCGCGCGGGACCUGACGCGCAUCGUGACCGCGUGCCCCGGGCCGAUGCGCGCGAUGCGCGAGCUCAGGGUGGAGUACCUGGCGGACGCGGGCGAGGCGGCGGCGCUGCGCGCGGUGGUCGCGCGGUUCCCCCGUCUGCGCGCGCUCGAGGUGCACCGGUAUCGCCCGCGCGAUGGCGAAGCGUCGCUGGACCUGGUGCGCCCGCCCCCUGCUCCUGCUCCUUUGUUUUCGGUGCACCAAGCUGACGGUUUUUGGGGCGGACAGGACGCCGUGGCACGGAUCCUCGCGGGCUUGCGCGAGCUGCGCACGCUCAAGGUGCACCUCGACCUGCCGAACAUGGUCGACCCGACGCGCCUGCCUGCGGCGGCGAAGCACCGCGACCUCGCGCGGCUGUACGCGGAGUUCUACGAGAGCAUGCGCGUGGCGGUUGAAGGGUUCGCGCGGCUGCUCGCGCCGGCGCUGGAGAGCGUGUGGGUGCUGCACACGUCGGCGCGGGCCCCGGCGUGGAGAGUGUAUGAGGUGUCGUGCGAGGGCGGGAUCACGCUGACACAGGAGAGCGCAGAGUAUGAGAUGCAUGGGUGA